GAUGGAGAGCGACGCCCCCUCCCGGCGGGGUGCGCGGGGCCGCGCCGGGGCGGCUCAGCCGGGCAGGCGGCGGCGCCCUGGCUCCCCCGGGCGGGGGGAGGCAACUUUGGUCGCGUUGCUGGAGGUGUCAUCGCGUGACCGGAGCUUUACUUAACCUUGAAUUCCCGGAGAGUCCAGGCCAGUCCAGGGACCUCACAGUUAAAUUCUUUCAGAAUCUUGUUAUUGGACCUUACAAGAAUCAUGCCUCUUCCAGACACCAUGUUUUGUGCUCAGCAGAUUAACAUACCCCCUGAACUCCCAGAUAUUUUGAAACAGUUUACCAAAGCUGCCAUCAGGACUCAACCUCAUGAUGUACUGCAGUGGUCAGCUGGGUAUUUCUCAGCUCUGUCGAAAGGAGAGCCCCUUCCUGUAAAGGACAGGAUUGAAAUGCCAGUAGCAACACAGAAAACAGAUACUGGGCUCACACCAGGCCUCCUUAAAGUUUUGCACAAGCAGCUUUCUCCGAAGGGCCGUGUGAGCAUGAUAGAACUAGAAAAAAAAUGGAAACAUCUAUGUUUGCCAGUGGAGCAGCUGAGAGCCCUUCUACAAUUGGACAACUUCGGUGACGAGGUGGAAUGGUUGAAAGUUCUAGCACUUGGGUGUAGUAUACUUGGUGGGUCCUUAAUGACUUCUGUGAAGUACGCCUGUGAAAUUCUAACAACUGAUCCAGAGGGUGGACCUGCUCGCAUUCCAUAUGAUACAUUCUCAUUUAUUUACACAUACCUGGCCAGUAUAGAUGGUGAGAUGCCAGACUACAAAGUUGAAGCUUUCCUCAAUGCUCUUAAGGGACAAGUGGAGCGUAAAGGAGAUCAGGUUGGCGUUUCAGAUUUCUUCAUUCCAUCAAAGAAGGCUUAAGAGAAAGAUGACAAGGAUUUUCUGGAAGUAAAUGCCACCAAUUCAGAGCAGAACUUAAUAAAGUCACACAAAGUUUAGCAUUAGCAGUCACCACAAAAUAUAGACUUUGAUUUACCAAUAUACCAUAUGCAGUGUAAUUUUUAUUUAUGAAAGUUGAGUAAGAGACGCAUUUUAGGAUUUAUUUGUUUUCAUAGAUGUGUAAUUUUAGCUUUAGAUUUCUGCAGAUAAAUAGAAACUUAAUAGAGUUAGUGGUUUAGGAAAUUUUCUGAUAUAUUGUGAAACUUACUACGUCAGGUAAAAAAAAAAUUGUUUUUCACAGAGAGAUAUUGGUAUCUACCUCCAUAAAUUGAUCAAGAUUCUUCUGUCUGAAGGCCAUAUUCAAAGAACCUCAAGGAACUAUGCCAUUCAUUUAUAUUGUAUGUUCUUAUACGCAACUCAUGCCCAGUGGGUCUACCUGAGUGAAGAAAUCAGAUAUCCCAUUUUUUUCAUAUGAUGUCCUAGUGUCCCAAAAACUUCUUUUGGGACACCUGAAAUACCCUGUUCUUCAUGCAGUUGUUCACACGUAUUCCACUUGUGGUUCACAUGUGCCUCAUGCACAGGAGAUCAGAUUCUUUUGAAUAGCAGUGACUAUUGGGGACAUGCUUGCACAAGUGUACACACGCACCCAUCCCGGCCCGGUCAUAAAGAGUAGAGCAGGCCCACCCAUCCGUCAGUUCCUUUUUACAGCUGUGGUAGUGAGACGGAACCCUGGAAGUGACCACUUCUCUGCACACUGUGAUUCUGUUGCUCUUUUAGUAGUUGUUUCCUUAUUGUUGUUAGGUUACUACAGUUACUGUAGUGUUGUUUAACUCAGGGGCAUUGAGGAUGGAGAAGAUGGGUACCUGGUGGUCAAUCUAUCCUUCGCUUCCUUCCUCUAGAUGGUCACCAAAACUGUAUGGACUUAAUACAAAAAUCAUAUAUGGUUUACAUCACAAUUUCACCUGGAUAUAGCUUCAUACAGAUCUGAAGCUAUCUGCAAUAAAAAUAUGAAAUCAUAUUUCAUAUAGUUUGAAAUAGCCAUUCCAUGUGAAUUUCACAACCCUUAAAGACAUUGCCACAAAAGGGUCCUAGUGUUUGAUUUAGAAAAUAUGGUGACCUUAUACCCAAUUUCUCUAAAUUAUGCCAUACUCAAGCACUCAUUGUCAAUUUAUCUUAAUGCCGAUUCAGCAUUUGUUGUUACUUUCUAUGAUAGAAAUCCUAGUUUUCUCUGAAUAAUUUUAACUUUACUGCAGUGAAAAUGCGCAUUGUUACUUAUUACUUGAUUAAAUAAAGUGUACUGUGACUAAUAGGAAUUGAACACAGCCACCCUAUCUGCUUUAAAUGGCAAUACACUUUACUGAAUCCAACUUUGUGCCGAGCAGUCUGUCAUAUGAGAGACUGCAACGGAGCAUCCUACUAAUUUAUCAGGGAGCUGAGGUACCUAUAAACAUACCUUUCAUGUUCAUGAAGCAUGUUUAUCAGCUGGGCAGGAGUUGGUAGCAUGCCAGCUCAUAGACUCUAGGAACACACAGUAACAAAGGUAGAAACAUGCAGAUGUUCAGGAUUCUGAGAGAGAGGGAUGCCAAGGGCUUUGCAUGAUGGUUUAACCAUCUAGAACCUUGUUCAGAAAGCUGAAGACAAAUGUGCAUAGCUCUACAUCAACUUUUAUUUGUACAACUGGCCAUCAGUCCUUUCAGAUUCCAUUUCAGCCCUUAAUGCCUGAACUAUCACUCCUGCAACAAAUUGUGUAAUAAAUAACAUGUAAACAAUGGGACAUCUAACAAAAAACUAUAUAUUGAAUGCUUUAGGGAUUGGAGUACAACAAGAAGUUGGAGUGGUAGUGAUGAAUCCUCUUUGCAGGAGUAUUAGUAACUGUUUUAUCCCUUGAGUCCUAGCUAGAGUUUUCCAGUUGUCUGGCUGUUCAAAGCAUGAUUUCAAAUGAGUAUCCACUGAUCUGUGGCCACUAGGAUUAUUGUCCAGCCAACUCCAAUAAAGCAUUUUUUUUUGAAGCAUUUAACACAUUUUAAAAAAAAUUAAAACACCUUUUAAAGUGUUUUAUCUGAAACAUUUUUAAUAAUUAAUUAUGUGGUGGUUUACGUGCUGUAACCCAAUAACUAUGAUGCUGUUAUCAGCCGUGCAAACAGAAUUAGGCAGCUACAUUAAUGUAAGCUGUGGCUCCUCUUUAGUAGUAAUACCGUGACAAUGUCAGAGUUAGUUUCAGAAGUGCAUUUGUCUGUCUUUUGAGCUUUUCUCCUCAUCACAGGAGCCAUGGCCCCACCACUGGCAAGAGAAGAAGUGGUUAGGAAAACCUCACGGGGGAGGUGGAGAGCACCGGUUGAGGAAAUAGCUUGGGGAA